AAUGGACCCCCUGUUCUCUAUAGCUGUACUGGCUGCACUAGUUCAGAUAUAAAAAACCUUGUUACAAUCCUUUGUUACAAAUGUACAAUUUCCAGGAAAAAACUGCAGAAAGAUGGAGUGUGCAUUCGCGUGAUUGGCAAUUUGUCCUUGCUCCCAAAAGAUUUAAGCAAGAUAAUCGCCGAAGUUAUUAUGGUCACUAGGGACAAUAAAAAAUUUAUUCUGAAUUAUGCUUGUCCUUAUACAUCAAGGGAGGACAUUACUCAUGCAAUUAAGGAUAUAGCAAAGGGCGUAAAGCGUUCUGAUAUCUUGCCCGAAGAUGUUGAUGAACACCUGAUUACCGACUGUUUGUACACUUACAAAUCUUCAAACCCGGAUUUAUUAAUUCGUACUUCUGGAGAGACUCGACUUAGCGAUUUCCUUAUGUGGGAAAUUGCUGACACCUACCUCUACUUCACUGAUGUAUUGUGGCCUGAAUUUAGUCUUUGGACUUUUUUGGUUGCAAUCUUUCAUUAUCAGAGAUGCUUUCCUGACUUGCAAAGAAAUAGGAUUACGAAACCGAUCGUGCGUAACAGUAGGGUAUCCAUGUUUCUCGACAAAUUGUAUCGCGAACGCGAUAUUAUCCCAGAGAACAUUAUGACGUCUUAAAGACGUCUUAAAUAGUUCUAAGACGUCUUAUGAAGUUGUCAGAAACUUUGACUAUAUAAUCAUGGACUGCUAGUUGCCGCUUCAGGAUGUAAUCGACAUCACGAGCGCCACCAUAGGAUAAGUGGCGGAAUCCCGGUACUUCAAUGACAUAUUUUGUUUGUAGCAGAUUAAUAGACAGAUCGCCAAAGACCCGUAAAGUCACUAGAUAGAUAAAGUACCGCAAUCCGUGGUUCCGACGUUGGAAUAAACAUGGCGUCGGAAGUGUACAUAGUGCAAACGUGUAACUUAUCUACCCAUUAAGUGUAAUUCUAACCUCUGUUGCGUUGAUGUCACAUGAAACCAUAACGUUCAGCCACCCAAUCAGCACCCAUUAUUUUUUAAACAUUUAUUAAAUAUUUUAUUUUCAUUAAUUUUAUAUUGUUCAAUUGAUUUUAA